AUGUAUCGCCAGAUCAAAAUAGCAGAAAAAGAUCUACCGUAUCAGCAAAUCCUGUGGCGAAACGCUCCCGAGAAACCCCUACACACAUACCAGCUCACUACUGUCACGUAUGGUACCACGACAGCUCCCUUUGUUGCUACACGAUGCCUACAGCAACUUUCUGACGACGAAGCAGUUAAUUUUCCAGCGGCUGCACGUGUGGUGAAAAAGGGAUUUUAUGUUGACGACCUGUUAUAUGGAUUCGACACCCUCAAAGAGGCGUUAGAAGCAACGGAGCAGUUACACCUCAUGAUGGCAUCAGCUGGUCUAUCAUUACGCAAGUGGUCGUCGAAUUGCCCUAAUGUUCUCAAUGAAAUCCCACGCGACUACUGGGAGACUGAAAGGGUGUUGGAGUUAGACAGUUCGGCUCCAGUUCAAGCUCUUGGGCUGUUGUGGGAACCAAUGUCAGACGAUUUUUUGUUCAAAAUUCCACAAUGGACCAAACAAACCUUUUCUACAAAGCGAAGCGUACUGUCACAAACAGCUAGCUUAUUUGACCCGUUAGGAUUGGUCGGACCAGUGAUUGUCAUCGUCAAAAUAUUCAUUCAAGCGCUGUGGGAGUUAAAUCUUGAAUGGGAUCAACACUUGCCUUCGGAGCUUCACGAGCAGUGGAUGAACUUCGUAAGCCGUUUACCGAUCCUUAAACAGCUUCGUAUUCCCCGAUUUGUUUUAACGGACAACAUCGUAUCUCUUCAACUGCACGGGUUUGCCGAUGCAUCUCUACGAGCAUAUGGUGCAUGCGUGUACUUCAGAGCUGUGUCUGCAUCGGGUGGUGUAUCGAUACGUCUCAUGACAGCAAACUCUCGUGUUGCUCCUCCGGAACGAAGACGACCUACGCUAGCUCGGUUGGAGCUGUGUGCAGCUCUCCUUCUGGCCAAUCUACAGAAAAAGGUGCUAGAAAGUGUGGAAGUGCACUGCCCAUGUUAUUUUUGGUCGGAUUCCACGAUCGUCCUACACUGGCUAGCAAAGGAACCGUCAACAUGGAAAAUCUUCAUCGCAAAUAGAGUUGCUGAAAUCCAACAGCUGACACAAGGCGGAAUCUGGAACUAUGUUUCGACCAAUGAUAACCCAGCCGAUCAUAUAUCACGCGGUUUGAAUCCCAACGACAUCAUUUGCAAUUCGUUGUGA